AUGCCUCCAAAAAUACGGCCAACCUUGCCAAAUAAAAUACAAGAGGAAAUAGAAACUCAAGAUUCAAAAGGCGACAACAGAAAAUUUGCCAAAAAAUUCAAAGUUCGAGAAAAAACGCGAAAGGCCAAACGUAAACAACAGCGAUUAGAUAAAAAACGCAAAAGGAGUCAUAAUCAAACGGAAAAAGAUGAUCCGGAACUAUCAGUUCCUGCAAAACGUCAAAAAACCAAUAACAGCAAAAAAAUAACGAACAAGGAUAAAGAUCCCCAGUCAUCACAAAAACCAAAGAAAUCUAAGAAACGAGACAACAAUGAUACCAACGACCCUACGCCCGGAAAAAAGCAAUCUACAUUAUCACCCAGUCUUGCGGAAAGGAAGCAAAAAUCUUUGGAUCCUGAUGAACGACAGAUGCGACGGCUAGAGAAGAAAUUGGGAAUAAAGUCUGAUCGAAAUCUAUCUAGAAUUUUACAUGACGAUGGAUUAGAUGGCGACCAAGAAAUUUCAGAUGACGAUAAUGCUCGAGUUUCUGACAAAGAAAUUGAAGAAACUGAUGCUGAUGAAAAUUCCAAUCAAGUUUCUCCAAAAAAAUAUGUUCCACCUCAUUUACGUGCUGGAUUCAAUAAUGAUGCUAAAGAAGAAUUGAUUAAGAUACAAAGACAAUUGCAGGGCUUACUGAAUAGACUCAGUGAAGCAAAUAUUGAAAAUAUUAUAACAAAUGUUGAGAAUUUGUAUCAAAGAUAUAGGCGACAUGACGUGACCUCCACGAUUACUAACUUAGUGCUCAAUAUAAUAUCGUCUAAAUCUAAUCUUUUGGAUCAGUUUGUUACUCUUUACGCGACUUUUAUUGCUGCCUUGUAUAAAAUUAACGGGAUUGAUUUCUGUGCGCAUUUUGUGCAAACACUAAUUGAAGAAUUCGAAAAGUUCCAUAGUAAAUACAGUAGAAGUAAAAAUAAUUUCGAGAAUCGUGACACGGUUAAUAGUGAUCAAGACGCUACGACUACAGAAAAGAUAAAUAAUGGAGAAAGAGGGAAAGAAUGCACGAAUCUCGUGCUCUUGAUUUCUGCGUUAUACAAUUUUCAAGUAGUUUCGUGUAUUUUGAUAUACGAUCUAGUAAGACUUUUUAUCAAAGAUUUGACAGAAUUGAAUAUUGAGUUGUUAUUAAAGGUUAUUAAGAGUUCAGGAUGCCAAUUGAGACAAGAUGAUCCAUUAGCGUUAAAAGAAAUCAUUCAGCAAGUCAUAUAUGAAAUUAGCAAAAAGGAUCCUUCGACAAUCGGGUAUUUAUAUAUUUAUGCUAAACUGGCAUCUUUAUUAGAUGAAAAAGUUUCUAGUGAAUUUGAGCAAAAAAGUUCACGGCAACAAAAAAUGAAUACUGACGUGCGACGAAGUAUUUUUGUUGUGUUGAUGAGUAGUGAGGAUUUUGUGGACGCGUUUGAACGUCUACUGAAACUCAAUCUUAAGGAUGUUCAAGAACGAGAGAUUCCUCGUGUAUUGAUCCAUUGUUGUGGAAAUGAAAAAACACACAAUCCAUACUACGACCUUCUAGCAGAACGUCUCUGCGCGCACGACCAUAGUUUCAAAAUCACGUUUCAAUACUGUCUCUGGGAUUUUUUGCGAGAGUGUGGUGAAGAUGAUGUUGGCGGGAUGGAACUAUUAAAGAAGAGUAUUAAUACAGAUAAUGAUGUUGAAAGUGGAAUCGAUGAUAAAGUACCGGUUAGGAAAAUUGUUAGUUUGGCGAAACUUUAUGCUUGGUUGUUGGCUUGUGGACAGCUGUCGAUUAUCGUGUUAAAGACUGUAUCAUUUACAAAACUAAAAUCACAAACACGCCUAUUUCUCCGACUGCUAAUUACAUACACGAUAAUCCUGCCACAAAAGAAACAGCAUCCAUCAUCUACCAAAUCCACAUUCACGGUCAAUUGUCAAAAGCAUCAUCACCUUAAUCCUGAUCCAAUAGCGAUCAUUUUCAAAAAAGCAAUUCCUAAUCCAACAUUAUCACAAGGACUUUUAUUCUUUACGCAGCAGUUUGUAAAGAAUUCGCAGAUGCCAUCUUCUGAAAAGGAAAAAGGGAUGAUGAACGCGGACGAAGAGCAAGAUACGAUAAAGUGGGGAUGUAAAGUUAUUAAGGAUGUUCUUAGUGCACCGUCAUCUCCUUUUAAUGAAUUUUCAAGAUAG